ACUAGCUGUUAAGCAAGUUCAGGUCUCUGAAAUUUGGAAUUUUAUUUUCACAUCAUUUUCUAAAUACUUCCUGUCGCUCAUGGGGCGCAGUGACAGCAGGAAACAAAGACAUCUGUGGAUCACGUGAUAAUUGCAUCUCGCAAUAAACAAACACUGACUCUACUGAGUACCUCGCGCCCAUCUCGAUAACAAGUCAAAAAUGGAGAGUCCACACGAGCACCAGCAAGCGCUAUUGCUUUCUCGAAUUAUCACCAACAUUGAGAAACUCAACGAGUCAAUUAUGGUUAUGAACAAGAGCCUUCAGGAGGUCAACAUCCAGAACAUGAACGUGGAGCUUGUGGCUCAGAUGUUCAAAAACUACCAGUCUAAUGUUCUCUUCCACUUGGAAGCUACGGAUAAUCUGAAGGAGCCGCAAUAAGGACGAUGAAAUUGCACGCCUGUUUCCCUGAAUUUAGCUUAUCAUGAAUGCUACGACCUCAUAUAUCAAAUCCUUAUCAUUCUUCUU